CGGCCAUUGUGUGAGCCGCACCAUACAGCAGAGACAUCCAAGAAUCUUGUAGCAGCCGCAGCAGCAGCACAAGAAUUUUUCGCCAUCAUCAUGGGCCAACCAUCGACUGGCAUCGGUCCCAGGAACUGGAUCCUAUGCGGCGCCGUACUGCUGUUCAUUCUGCAGCUAUUCCAAACCUCCGAUGCACUGCAUCACACCGAGGAGGGACUCGAGCUGCUCUUUCGUGAACGCUCACAGUCGGACUGGGAGAAUGUGUGGCAUGAGGAGACGCAUUCCCGUUGCCGGGACAAGCUUAUUCGCCAGCUAUAUUGGGCCUGCGAGAAGGACAUUUACCGUUUAACGCGACGCAAUCGCAAGCGAACGGGCAAUGACGAGGCCUGGAUCAAGCAGAGCUCCGCCACAAAACCUGGUACGCCCCCAUCGACUUGGCUGCAUGUCAACUAUGCCAAUAUGUUCUUGAGGACACGUCGCUCCAAUGCUCCAUCGAUCACCAACGAAUGCUGCACCAAGGCCGGCUGUACCUGGGAGGAAUAUGCCGAAUAUUGUCCCUCCAAUAAGCGGCGCAAUCAUUACUGAUUUCCCUUUGGUUGUUCUACACAUACAUAUAAAUAUAUUGAUAUAGGUUUGCUUUUUUGUUAUUGUUUUAUAUGUU